AUGAUGGCUGAACCAGAUUCAAUUCUGGAAAAUAAUAUCGUGUCCGAUCCGUGUGCAUUGAGAGAUCCGAUUCCUUCGACUACAGAACUUGUAGAAGAACAAAUUCCAAUCACUACGACUGACAAUGAUCCUAUACGAGUUCACCGAAUGUUACUGGAUUCGUUAAUGUCAGCAACACCCACAGAUGGCACUACUGAUUAUCAUGGAAUUAUGAGAAAUGUUCGAUCGGAAUUAAUUUCGAGAGUUUCGUUCAUUGAUCAUCGUCGUCGUCUCCGUGAUACUGACGAUGACUCAUUCGAUGAUACUGACGAUAACGAAACUAUCACGCUCAAAUCAGCUUGCUCAUUAACCUCUGCUUCCGGAUUAAAUUAUGCGAUGAAACCUUGUCCAAUAUGCUUAGAAUUAGCUGUGUUACAAUCAACCUCAUGUUGCACAUUUCAAUGCUGUGGCAUAUGCUGGCGUGCUCAUGUAUCAGCAACAAUAAAUGAUGGUCGUAUACAAGUGCCUUGCAUCUCAAGUGACUGUAGCAAAUAUUUAACCAAAGAGUCAAUAGUGAAUUUUAUUCGUUAUGAUGCGCCAUCACAUGAGCGUUAUUUGAAACUCUAUAUAAAUGCUAAUCAAAAUCCACGUGCUAAAACAUGUCCACGCUGCUCACGUCUUUAUUCUCUUGAUGAAAUCAAUAGAAAUCUUUCGAAAAAGUCCAAUAAAAAGUCAUCAUCCAAAAAAGAUGCGAACAAAAAGAUCCCUAAACAAGUCCAAUGUUCGGAAUGUUCGUUAGUCUGGUGUUUUCGUUGUGCUGCGCCAUGGCAUGAAAAUAUGACAUGUAAACAAUUCGUUAAAGGUGAUAAACUCCUGCUGAAAUGGAUCAAGCAGAAGAAUGAAGAUCAAUGGAACGCAAGGAAAUGUCCGAAAUGUUCUUCAUUCAUACAACGUGCUGGUGGUUGUCCUCAUAUGACAUGCUCGUCGUGCCAGUGCGAAUUUUGCUAUCUAUGUGGGCGACGAUAUGUGAAAAUUCCAGUUAUUGGUAGUCAUGGCAAUAAAUUCAGUGUCUUUGGAUGUCCAUAUAAUCUUCAUCCGGAAAAGCCCUGGCUUCGACGAACAAUACGUGGUUCAAUAGCGACCGGUGCUGUGGUCGCUUCGCCCAUAGUACUUGUCGGUGCUAUAACGGCAGCUGUCACUGUUUUACCACCCUUUGGCAUUUAUAAGUUAGUUAGACACGUGCGAGAGCAUCGCCGUGUAACUCGAUCGCACCGAGACAUUCUAGAACCAGAAGUACGCAUCGACCCUGACCUUCGCCUACAUGAUGAGGAUAUAUCCGCACACGCAGAAGGAUUAACGAUUGCACUGCACAAUCGUUAUGCAUUCCAAAACUUUCUUCGAGAAAUAAACGAAUCAAGGCUUCCAGCAGAAACGAACAGUGAUCCAUCUUUACUAUCAAUCUUUGCCGAAAUGGACGUUGAAAAUUUAUUCCAGGAACGUCAAGAAUCAUUAUCAUCGGAUAAUGCCACUGUGUCUGCGACAUCUACGUACCAAGAUCGAGAACUUACUCGAUCCAAUUCAGCUAUUUCAAUGAUAAAAUGUAAUUCAGGUACGGAUCCUGAAUGUUAA